CCCGUCAGCUCUCGACCAACCUUCCAAUUGCCCCUCUUGGCUAACCCGCCCAUAUGGUCACCAUGGCCCAUUUCGCCCAAACCUUCGCCCGUUUCGAUCACGCCCAGAGACAGCACGCCCUGGCCCUCUUGACGGCAGAGCUGACUCCCCACGAGUGGAGAUAUCUCCAUGCUCUGACCAGCUCCCGCUCAUUCCAGCUUGACAUUGUUGGCCACUUGCCCAUCGAGUUGAUCGCUCAUGUCUUCACUUAUUUGGAUCCUGCCGCCCCCUAUCGCUACCAAGUAGUCUCAACCCGCUGGCGCCAUAUUCUUCGUGACCUUGUUGUGCUCAAGGCCGGCCUCAUUGCAUGGUACCAGGGUGCGGCCUGUCUCAGUGACUUCGAAGAUUACGCUUCAUGCCAGCGCGCUGCCAAGAGAAUCCAUGGUUUCCGCACCGGAAGACCAGUCGGCAUUUACAAGAUAACGUCAGACAAACAGAUAGCCUGUCCCAGCCUGGUUGGUGACUACCUUGUAUGGCUGUCCGGGACUACGCAAACAUCAGCACUGCGUCUUGCCCAUAUAUUCAAUCUGCACAAUUGGCAUGUCGGUCACGCAGCCGGAGAAGCACGUGAGCAACUGGUUAACCUGGUGCUUUCGGAGCAAAUCGUGGUGCUUGUCACUGCCACCAACACGUGUUACGUCUACCGACUGCCCACCCUCUCGCAGCGGAAGAAGUUCAGCGUGCCCUCGGCAAGAUACCUGCAGAAUGUGACUUGCCGUCGGCGUACCGUCGCCUGCCUUGCCUCGCUUGACGAGUACAUGUCCGUCUUCAUCUGGGACUAUGAUACACAGCGGGGAACAUCAUUUAACAUUAGCAAGCACUCUGACAUGUUUUUCGGCACGCACGGCCCGAGACACUUGCUACACACAGUCCCUCUCCUACAACCCGAGAGCGAGACAAUAGUCUUCAUGUUCAUCUUACCCACUCCUACGGAAACACCAGAUAGUACCCUGUUUGUAUGUGCCAUAUACACUUUUCGGGGAGAUUGCGUUAGCUCCUUCCGUCCAAGCCUCCCCGAGCUCAGACGUCUUUCCGUUGGGCGUGGCGUAAUGCCCUUUGUCCCAGUAGACGAUUCAGGCAACGUCUUCGCAGCGCGUGUCAUCACAACGAGUCCAGACUCUCCACCAACUAACCCUUCGAUUGUCUCUCUACUCCUUAGAUUCGAUACAAAGACUAACGACGUGAGAGUAUGCGAGGGCCCGGUAAAUCGCAACAAUAGCCCUUCCGACAUUGAAAAGUAUCGCUUGUACUUGUGGAAGGAUACUUGGUAUGCAUGUCCGCCUGUGAAAGCUACAGAUAUCAUCCACUAUAUGGGCACUCAGGAUAAAGCAGUCUGCGUACCAGUACUUUCAGACCCCUACACCCAAGUCACAGAUGUCGAUACUCUCACAGAGUCUUUCUUUUUGAAUGAACGCUAUGUCGUCAGAGCUAUGUCUGGAGAUAUACAUCUGCUGUGCUUCCACGAAAGUUCUGUUCGACCAACAACAGGAGGCGACUUUUUCGGGAACGGAAUGAUUAGAGUUUUGAGUUAG